GCAGGGGCCUUUUCUUGAAAUUGAACCAUUUCUGCCCUUAUAUGAUUUAGUGUUGCUCUAAAAGUUAAAAUGAUACUAACGCACGCAUAACCUAGCAGUGUGCGAUGAUUUUACGACCCUACAAGGCUUCUCUGUUGUUUUGAGAAUUCCGGCAGCGCCAUGGACCCCUAGAACGGAGACACAGGAACACGGGCGGCCGAGGACCCCGUUGCUGUGCGCCGAUUGUUGUAGCUGGUGUGACGGUUCUCUUGUGUGGGAGUUUCUAGCUGCGGUUCCGGUGUAGGGAGCCCCUGGGUGUGUGUUUGCCGCCGCUGUCAGCGAUGACCUCGGUCAGUGUGAUGUCCCCCGCCGCGGCGACAGCCAAUGAUUACUAUGAAGAGGAAGAGCUGGAGAGUGCGGACGAGGAGGACGACCGGAGCUUCAGGGGCCGGGAGUCUGAUGAGGAUACUGAAGAUGCAAGUGAGACCGACGUAGCCAAGCACGACAAUGUAGACUACGUAGAAAUGAAAGAACAGAUGUAUCAAGAUAAACUGGCAUCUCUAAAGAGACAACUGCAACAACUUCAAGAAGGUACACUGCAAGAGUACCAGAAACGCAUGAAAAAAUUAGAUCAACAAUAUAAAGAAAGACUGAGAAAUGCUGAGCUUUUCUUUCAACUAGAGACAGAGCAGGUGGAGAGGAACUACAUCAAGGAAAAGAAAGCAGCUGUGAAAGAGUUUGAAGACAAAAAGAUUGAACUGAAGGAGAAUUUGAUAGCAGAAUUAGAGGAAAAGAAGAAAAUGAUUGAAAAUGAGAAAUUAACUAUGGAGCUGACAGGGGAUUCCAUGGAAGUUAAACCCAUUAUGACACGAAAAUUGCGACGACGCCCAAAUGAUCCUGUACCAAUUCCUGACAAAAGACGGAAACCAGCUCCUGCCCAGCUUAACUAUCUUCUCACAGAUGAACAAAUCAUGGAAGAUUUACGGACACUAAACAAGUUAAAAUCCCCUAAAAGACCUGUAUCACCAUCAACCCCAGAACACCUUCCAGCAACACAAGCUGAAUCUCCUGUCCAGCGCUUUGAAGCUCGGAUAGAGGAUGGCAAGCUCUAUUACGAUAAAAGAUGCAUGUUCAAUAAAAACAAAAACAGAUGCCUUGGGAAAACCUUACUACAGUACCACAAGAGCCAAGCAAUAUACCUGGAAUCCAAGGACAACACAAAAAUCAGUUGUGUAAUUAGUUCUGUGGGAACUAAUGAGAUUUGGGUAAGAAAAAGCAGCGACAGUACAAAGAUGAGGAUAUACCUAGGACAGCUACAGAGAGGUUUGUUUGUUAUCCGCAGACGUUCAGCUGCUUGAAAUCCAACAGACUCUUCAAUGACACUUCUCAUUUAACACGUUAAAAUACAACUAAAUGAACGUUGACAUCACUGAUCAGUAAGGAUAAAUGUCCGAUUUUGAUCAGUUAACAAUGAGGUAUUCAUUGCCUUCAUGGAUUCCAUGGAUGGUCAGUAGGGUGCAGGACUUAAAGAAAGUAUUUUUCAGAGCGAGCCUGUUCUUCAGCAAAGUUGAAGCAGAAUGUUCUCACGUACUUACCUUAUGCCAUUGGUAAAUUACAAAAAUCGAAGCAAAGAAGUGACUGUACCUUUCAUGAAGAAUUCCCGUACAAAAUGCUUGUCCAGUUUCUGUGUGGUAGAUGGGAUUAUUAUAGGAAUAUGACCUGACCUGCCAACCAAGGUCCAACCAAGCUAGACACUUACCUUUGGCUGGAAUUCAGUGCAAUAACAAAUUCAAUUGUUACCUGUCCUCUAUCAAUCUGGUUUCAUAAUAUCCUAAAGAGUCCAGACAGGAGGUUUAUUUUUGUUUUUGUUUGACUUUUUUUUUCUUUCUUUUUAUCUUAUUACGUUUUUAAGUAGCCCUUAUUUUUAUACAAAAAUAAAAGCCAAGAGUGUUUUGAUGUAUAAAAUUUGCUGCAAACAUUUCAUAGGUCAUGUGUUGCCUUCUUACUGCACAAGUCUCAGGAGUUUAGUGUUAAAAGGUGGUGCUGAAUAUACAGUAGUCUACUGCAUUUAGAUAUUCACCUACACUAACAUGGUCUAAUACUGUCUAUCCAUGACAUUCACAUAGUAGAAUUCAGUUAUAUAUGUUCCUCCUCUUGUGUAACCAUCAUGAGUUAACUAAUGUCUUUUUAUUAUACACACCCAAACUUUUGAGGGGCUGAAAAUGCUUCAGCUGGUUAUAAUUUUUAAUAGUAGGGAUGUGACUAUAAGCAGCCAUUAUUAGUUAUUACCAUAGUGUGUGUGAAAUUAUGGUGUUUGGAUUUAGACGGAUGGAAAUUUUUGUUCCCGCAGUCAGGCAUUUUCUCAAUAUUGAUUAAGGGCUGAGUUACACAGGCACAUCCGCGUGCGUAUUUCAGAGUGCGGAUGCGCCGACGGCAGACUUCAGGGUGAGCUCCCGGCUGCAGACGGGGUAGCUCUGUGUCAGUUAUAGUGGCAGAUUUCCCGCUGCAUAAAUCUGCCACUACAAUCGGAGAUACAGAGCCACCCGGCCGCAGACAGACAGGAGCUCACUCUGUGACUACCUUUUUCGCAUUAGCAGCGUGAAAUACAUGGCGGAUGCGCCCCGUGUGACCAUGCCCUUAAUGCUAUAAGAUCAGAAAUAUAUAUGUGCAUAUACUGCACAUAAAGGACAGGUGCAAAAUAAUUCUAGUCUUUAAAAAUAUCUUUUAGUGUAAUGGCCUGAAUCCUAUUAAUGCUCAGCUUUACAAAUAAUUAUAAUUUAA